AUGUCUGAACACUCCAAGUCCCCAAGAGAAGAACCAGACACCACAACCCCCACAGUGCCGGACUUCAUAGGAUACCACAACCCCGGAAACACCAAUAUACCAGCAAUCCAGAUAACACCACCACCAACACCACCACCCGAAGCUACGGUCACCGGUGUAGAGAGGACUGAGCCAAUUGAGAGAGCUUACACCUUCAGUAUGAUGCAGGAGGUUCCACCCGAAGAACAGGAGUACCGCGAUGAGACCGGGUAUGGGAAGAAGGAACAGAGAGGGGCAUUUGGGUUGGCUAUGAGAAAGGUGUCAGCUAAGAUGCAUAUUGGAGUACUUGAUGAGGUGGCGAAGAAUAUUGGAGACGUUAUGACUAGGCCGUGGAGUAUUGGGCGCCGGGGUGGGGACGCCGGGGACGCUGGGGACGCCGGGGACGCUGGGGGUGAGGGGAAGAGGAUUGAGAUUGGGAGAUAUCUUUUUGAGGUGAAAGAAGAUGGGGGUGCUAAGGGAGAGAGCAGCAGGAGUGGGGGAGCGGCCGGGAGUGGUAAUCCAAAGAAGAAGAGUUGGGGGAGGGGAAUCGUGGUGGGGGGAGAGAUCGUGAUGGGAGGCAAAAAUCUUGAUGUAGAUCGAGGAAACUGGUGA